CGAAACGAAACUGUAGAGGCAACGUGCUACUGUAGAAGUAAACAUCGUUCUUGCCCAGUCAAUGCAUACCUAUAUUAAAAAUUCAUUGAAUAUUUUAACGGUUACAGCUGAGAGUAUACUUUCGUGGAGAUAAGCCAGUCGCUUAAUUAAUUUUGAACAAUAAAAAUGCAAAAUAUUCACGACAUCGGUCGCGAACCCUACGUUCCAGCUGAACCAAUAAAGAAUCGGACAUUUUUGGAGUGUUUUUGUUUUGUGUUUGUUUUAUUCGUCGACAUAAUCAAAGUGGUUCUGCUAAGUAUACCACACUUUUUCAAUGCUUUAUAUCAAGUGGUAGUGAAACCGGCAAAGAAAUCCGUUUUUGGACAGACUGUAUUGGUUACGGGUGGUGGAAAUGGCAUUGGUAAAGAGAUUGCUAUUCAAUUUGCUGCCAAAGGAUGUAACAUCGCCAUUGCAGACAUGGAUGUCACGGCGGCUGAACAAACUGUCAUGCAACUGAAUAAGAUGAAUGUGGUUGCUCGAGCCUACCAUGUGGAUAUAACAAGCACCGAGCAGAUUAAGAAAUUGAAAAUUGAUAUUGAGAAGGACAUGGCACCCGUGGACAUUCUAAUUAAUAAUGCCGCAAUCGUCCCAUUGCUAUCAUUGCGAGAAGACACAGGCGAUGAUGUUGAACGAAUAAUCAACGUAAAUAUUACCGCACAGAUUCAUGUGACGAGAGCAUUUUUACCAGGAAUGAUCAAACGGAAACGUGGUCACAUUGUCGGAAUAGCUUCAUUGAGCGCCGUACAUCCGACGGGUGGUGCAGUAAUUUACUCGGCGACCAAAGGAGCAAUGCAAAAUUUUAUAGUUGCCCUCAACGAAGAAUUACGCCAAGAAGGCAACGACUGUAUCAAAUGUACAUCGAUUCUUCCGUUCAUGGCUGCAACGCGAAAGGAUAUCAUUGAUGCUGCGCACGUCCGAUUUCCGAUCAUAUCACCCACAUACGUGGCUAGAGUAGCUGUUAAUGCAAUACUUCGCAAUCAGUUGAUGGUGUCUGUGCCGAGAAGUUAUUUAUGGAUGAUCCAAUGGAUGAAUUUACUUCCAUUUCCCAUUCAAAUGUUGGUUAGAGAUAUUGUGAUGAAAGAGAAAGGGAUGAAGUUACUGUCGGAAGACAAUAAACGGAAAUAGAAUUCAUUUACAUGAGUGAUUGAGAGUAAUAGACACUUUAGAG